UGCGUCUUUAGCGUUACCAUGAGUUGAACAUUUAGUUUGUCUAGCUACACAUGGGAUCGGCUGGAGGCUGAAGGUGACAAAAUAUUUCGGGCGACAGACAAAUGCAUGCACUUGUGAUUCCAAAAGGAGUUUUAAUCAACGUUUAAUCGCGUUUCGGUACACUUUUGUGCAGUUGGGAGCGCUCCUUUUUAAGUCUGAGGUGGAACCAAGGUGUUUUUGAGGUGAAGGUGAACGCUUUAGCGAUCAAGUCGCACGAGCGAAGACUUCUGAUCGCAUUAGUUUAAAUAUUUGUUUUACAUUUAAGUUUGUGCCGAAUAUUUGCGGAGUGAGCCUACCUGUUGAUUUUGGACUUCUGCACAGGUUGCCAGAAACGAUCCAAGAUGGACGAAGCCGAGAAGUACCAGCAGCGUCUGCAGGCCAUCGCAGAGAAGCGGCGACUGCAGGAGGAGCAGGAACGAGUCAAGAGGGAAAUGGAGGACGAGAGGAUCCGACUGCAGCAACUAAAGAGGAAGUCUCUAAGAGACCAGUGGUUGAUGGAGGGCCCUCCCUUGUCUCCAGACAGCGCAGGUCCUCGCUCCCCUCUGUGGGGACAACAAGCUCAGGAGAUUGAGCAGAACAUCGACAGUUUGCAGGCAAAGACUGAGCGGUUGACCGAAGAGGUGGCAAAGCUGACGGAGGAGGAUGGAUCAGUGACGUCUGUGAAUGACGGACUGACGCAUGACAACAACGAGGGUGGCCGCAUCAUGGAGGACGACAGGACAGAAGAACCAGCCGCUAAGGAACCGGUUUUACAGAAUGGACAAGGAAAUGGAACAAUGGAGGUGGGAGCUGAGGAGGAUGUGAAGGCUACCUCGGUUGCCCCGGUGAUAGCUGAAGAGAAGGGUCCUAAUGGCGAGGUGGCCACAGACAUGCCUGCUCCUGAGGCAGAGGCUGUGCAGCCUUCUACCGAGAUCCAGAGAACUCCAGAAGAAGCUGCCGUCAUGGCAACAUCAGCGUCACUUUCGACGUCUGCUGCAGAAGGGAGUGGAGCUCAGGAGGUGAUGCCCACAUCUAACGGCCCAACCAGCAAGCCAGUUGUCAUGACGUUCCUGGGCUUCAGUGAUGCAGAGAAGGGUGAGGGCGUGGGCGUGGGCGUGGACGAUGACGGAGGGGCCAUCAUGAGGGCGGAGAGAGUGAUCAUCAUGGAUGAGGGAGAGGAAGCGGAGGCUGAGGUGGAGGUGGAGGAUGAGCCCGAGAGCCACACAGUGGCAUCUGAACCCCCAGCGGCUGAGACCUCCACUGCCCCAGAGAACCCGGAGCCAGAGGCCACAGACGCUAAAGCCCAGUCCAGCACAGAGGCCCCUGCGGAGGCAGAGAAGGAUGCGGAGGCAGAGGUCACUGAGCCAGCCGAGCCGGCGGAGGCAGUGGAGGCAAUGGAGAGAGGGGAGGAUGGAGAGACGCCCAGCGAAGCCCAAACUGAGCCAGAGACUGCAGAGGCCACCGCUGAUGAGGCGCAACCCCAGCCCCAGCCCACAGAGGGCGCUGUUGUGUACUCCCCGGCUGUACAGACCACCCCUGCAGCUGCAGCUGAGGACAAGAGCCAGCAGCCGGACACCCACGAGCUGAAGAGAGAGGAAGGCAAGAAGGCCGUUCUGGCCACUGACCCGGCUACUGAUCCUGCCCCUGACCCUGCCCCUGUCCCGAGUUCCCCAAGCCAGUUCCAGGAAGUGCCUCUGGACGACGCUGCCACCAAAGCCUCGUGUCCGGAGCCACUGGCUGAACAGGAGCCCCUGCUGACCCCCAAAACGGCCCCUCCGACAGACGCCUCCGCUCCACGGCGAGCCGAGGGGGUAGAUGCCCCCAAACAGAAAGCCUGCCAGUGCUGCUCCGUUAUGUGAACCCCAAUACUCCCAGCACCCCCCACACACACACACACCCCCUCACACACACAUCCAUAUCUCUCCUUUCUCUCAUCCCACCCCGUCAUCUUAUCAAGACUGUUAUUCAAAUGCCUUAUCUACUGCCGCUCUCCUCUCUCUGCUGGGCCUCAGGGGACAGGAGAGGCCACUAAAGGCCACCAGUCUCUGCUAUUGUCCUGAGGCUCCUUUUGUUCUCCCUGCCGGCCCUGCGAGGCCAGAGAGACCUGCUCUGCUGCGUCACUGCUGACCACCUCCCGUCCGAGCCGCUCCUUCAUCUCCUCUGAAGCCCUCCGGCAGGACUGCCCUUGCUCGCUCGCUCGCUCACUCACUCACUCACUCACUCACUUCAAGUGCCCCACUGUCAUAACUCACAGCUGAGUUGAGUUGCUUUGUGCCCGACAGACUACAGUAGGGUAGUAAGGGAAGAUGAUUGAUUAUAUUUUUGAAAGUGAUUCUGUUUUGCCUCCCGAGGUGUCUGUGCGGUUUUGGAGCGGUCAGUGCAGGUCUGUUCCCUAGAGCUCCCUGCGUCUGUGCUGGACAUGACUCUGUUGGGCGGGGAUGGCACGGAGGGACACCGGAGGACUGAAACUGCCCCUCCCAGAGAUCAUGUGGACUUUUGGCACGGCGACUGUGAGGGCGCGGUCAGGGACUGAUGAUGUGCCACGCCCGUGGACCCCUCCACUCUCCCUCUGAAGUGUGGCGCUCUUGAGGCAUCGUCACUUUAAAGAUCUUCUGAACUGACCCCGACUCUUUAAAGGUCUUCUGAACUGACCCAGACUCUUUAAAGGUCUUCUGAACUGACCCCGACUCUGUUUGGAGGCGCUGCAGUGCUGGUGCUGUGCCUUCAGUAUUGCACUCACAUGACGUUACAUCACACACUGUGAAGGCAGAGAUUUCUGCACGACUGUCCUGUCACUUCUUGAGCCGUUUCAUCCUAAAGCACAGUCCACUCUCCAAGGGCCUGGACACACUUAUGUCCACUCCCCACAGGCCUGGACACUCCAUGAAUCAUUUGAGGGUCUUAUGUGGGUUCCUUCAAGAGGGCUGACACUACGGUGUUAUACUUGGACACCAUGUGAUUUUGUUUGAUUCUAUUUUUGUUUUUUGUUUUUCAUUUUAAACUGAGAAUAUUUUAAUUGUUUUGUCAAAUGAUUGCUUUGAAUUGCACCAAAUGGAGAGUAGAAGUUGAACACAAAAGAACAAGGAUUUUCUUGCAGUGAGUGUUUAUGUGUAGCGCCCAACCUAGAUGAGGGAGUGGUGCAUUUUUAUUGUAUGGAAUAUUUGCUCUGCAAUAGGUUACUUUUUGGAAUGAAAGAAACUAUGUGAAUGUUACACAAUAUCAAUGUAUUGACUGCUUUGGCAACUGAGAAACAUUGUGCAAGUGUGUGUGUGUGUGUGUGUGUGUGUGUGUGUGUGUGUAAAAGUCUGUGUGUGUAUUUUUUUAACAUUGACCUGUAUCCACUUGUACAAAUUGUAAAGUGUUGUUUAUUCUGAUGUAACUACAAGUUGACAGCUAUCACUGAAAUAAGCAUCAAAUUCUUCGUUCAUAAUAUAAUGGAGAUGUCAAAUGCAAGGUGAAAAUAUAUUUUUUUCGGUCAUCAUUCAGAACAC